AUGGCGACUGCGAUCCGGCUGCUGGGGCGACGGGUGUCCAGUUGGAGGCUGCGGCCCUCGCCGCUCGUUGUCUCGCAGCGAGCGAGCUCGAUGCUGCCUGUAGACGAUGCUAUCAACGGGCUAAACGAGGAGCAGAAGCAGCUUCGUCAGACUAUAUCUAAGUUCCUUCAUGAGAACCUGGUCCCCAAGGCCCAGGAAAUUGACCAUAGCAACGAGUUCAAGGACCUGAGAGAGUUCUGGAAACAGCUGGGGAGCCUGGGAGUCCUGGGCAUCACAGCCCCUGUUCAGUAUGGCGGCUCUGGCCUGGGCUACCUAGAACAUGUGUUGGUGAUGGAAGAGAUAUCCCGGGCUUCUGGAGCAGUGGGACUCAGCUAUGGCGCCCACUCCAACCUCUGCGUCAACCAGAUUGUCCGCAAUGGGAAUGAGGCACAGAAAGAGAAGUACCUUCCCAAGCUGAUCAGUGGUGAAUUCAUCGGAGCCCUGGCCAUGAGUGAGCCCAAUGCUGGCUCUGAUGUUGUCUCCAUGAGACUAAAAGCAGAAAAGAAAGGAGAUCACUACAUUCUGAAUGGCAACAAGUUCUGGAUCACCAAUGGCCCAGAUGCUGAUGUCCUCGUUGUCUAUGCCAAGACAGAUUUGUCUGCCGUGCCUGCUUCUCGGGGCAUCACAGCCUUCAUUGUGGAGAAGGGUAUGCCUGGUUUUAGUACUUCCAAGAAGCUUGACAAGCUGGGCAUGAGGGGCUCCAACACCUGCGAGCUAAUCUUUGAAGACUGCAAAGUUCCUGCUGCUAAUAUCCUGGGCCAAGAGAGUAAGGGUGUCUACGUACUGAUGAGCGGGCUGGACCUAGAACGCCUGGUGCUGGCAGGUGGACCCCUUGGGAUCAUGCAGGCUGUCCUGGACCACACCAUUCCCUAUCUGCAUGUUAGGGAAGCCUUUGGCCAGAAAAUCGGCCAUUUCCAGCUGAUGCAGGGAAAGAUGGCUGACAUGUACACCCGCCUCAUGGCGUGUCGGCAGUAUGUCUACAACGUUGCCAAGGCCUGUGAUGAAGGCCACAUCAUUGGCAAGGACUGUGCCGGUGUGAUUCUGUACACAGCCGAGUGCGCCACACAGGUAGCCCUGGACGGCAUUCAGUGUUUAGGUGGAAAUGGCUACAUCAAUGACUUCCCCAUGGGCCGCUUCCUUCGAGAUGCCAAACUGUAUGAGAUCGGAGCUGGGACCAGUGAAGUGAGGCGGCUGAUCAUUGGCAGAGCGUUCAAUGCAGACUUCCGCUAG